CCUCAUCCAUCCCAAACAUCAAUAUCCCAUCACCAACCAUUACCGUCCCGACGCGCCCCCCGCCUCUCUCAUUGGUUUCGACCUUAUUCGGUAUUGUAUUUGUCGCCUUCAGAUCGCCUUUCCAAUACAUAUCCUCGCACCCUACCUCUUGCAUCGUCGGAUGGGUUUCGCCCGGUUGAUUGUGACAGGCUCUGUGCCUGUCCAGGUUCAGAGGGCGUGUUGAAGAAGGGUUGAUAUUUACUGCUCAUUGUUUCAGACCGAGGACUCUUCUUCGUAUUAUAAUUAAUUACAUCAUAUCCCGAUAACCUGUCCGUACUCUUCCGGCUCGAUACAUUGUCGCCAUGUCGCAUCCACAACCUACGAUGCCCCCGAGGCAGUUCUCGCCUCAGCAGCAUUCUCCGAAUCAACCUUAUCAGCUUCCUCCCAACAAACGAGCUAGAUUGUCCCCUGGGCCUCCGUCAAAUCCAGGCUCACCGUAUCCGAAUUAUGCCCCAAGUCCGAGAGCUACUACUCCGGCGACUACACCGAUGACCCUACCCUCACCGGCUCCCGCUCCUAACCAUAACAUCAAUCAAGCUUCUGCGGCAGCAACUUACAACACGCCUUACCAGCAACCGAAUGGUCGAUCUGCAUCUGUCGGUAUGACACUUACGAUGCCAACAGCGGUAUCAACACCACCUCUAGCAUCGCCUCAGCCGCAGACUCCCAACGUCAGCCACGCGCCUUAUUCUAACGCGAAGCUUGCGCCGGUUCCUACUAAUACCUCAUUCACUUCUUCGGCACACCCGGUUAUCACCAACAUGGGACCGCCGACUAUGAAUCCCGCGGGGUCUUUCUCGUCCAAUGAUGCGACAAGACAAGGCCUCAAGCCUACAUCGACCAAGGCAGACGUUACGUACGAUGUAGACGAUAUGCUUGUAGGCACGGGUAUCGAUCUAGAAGAGGAGGCAGAGUACCUGAAUAAUCUAGAGUCUCGUGGGUUCCCUAAUUACCCACCUGGCGGGCCCGAGACUUUGUAUGGAGCUGGGCCUGCCAACCAACCUGCUCAACCUACCAAUGCGAAAACGCAGGAGGAGCUUGCUGCGGAGAGUGCAGAUAGAGCCUGGAACGACGCAGCGGCACGGCUUGCCCGGACUAGAAGUCAGGAAAUAGCCAACUACCUGUUGGAACCGGGCGUGGUACACAAGCGAAUGGCGGACACGGCUGCCAAGUACGGCCUCAACUUGAAUGUGGACCUAAAGCCGGACGGGGGACGGUUUAUGGGGAAAAUGGCAAGCCCUGCCGGCGCCAAGCCGGAGAUCAAGGUUAUGUACCAGAAGUCCCCGGAUGGCACGAUGGUGCAGACGCUUGGCUCGUUUAUCCCUCACGAUGCUUUUCUCGUCGACCAAAUAGCGCUGCUGUCGAUUAGUACGAAACAGCACUUGCGGGAACUGGUUGGUGAUGCAAAUAGGGUUGCCACUACGCGACAGAAGACCUCUCAUGGUGCUGUACCUUCCGAAUGGCUUGAUGCAGCCAUUAUACCGUCGACCGACGCGAACGGAGCCCAGGGUGAGGGCCCGCGGACGGGUGUGGAGAGCGCGGUUAGCCCCCGCACAAACCCACUCAAACGUUCGGCGGACGAGCUUAGUAAUGGACUCCCAACGCCAGUGUCGGAAGCCUCUCCUGUCAAUCCCAUGGUGGAAGCCAUGACAGGAACCGUAAAGGAUGCGCGCAACGCCGAAGAGGCUCGGCUUAGAAAGCGGCUAAAGCGCAUAGAGAAAAGUACCGACAAGGACAAGGAAGGCGGUGAUAGUACGUCGCGAGCCGGGUCCGUGGCACCAGGCACACCUGGAUUGAUGGCACCGGAUUCAGGUGAGGCGAAAGCUCCUACGAAAAAGGAGAGCAAAAAGGCAGCGAAGCUGGCGGAGGCGAGCAGUACGACUGUGAACCAGACGUUGGGCCUAUUUGCAGGUGGCAAGAAGAAGAAGUAUUCGUGGAUGACGAAUUCGGGCGGCCCAGGCAGCGGUGCAAGUACUCCUCGACCUCAAGCUGCGGGCGCACCGGGCACGCCAGGUUCCACAGCCGCAGCUAGCAGCAAGGCUCCUCGUGGACCCCUGACGAAGGCGGGCGUCACUCACCUCGGGCAGUUCCGCGAGGAUUCGGAUAAAGGAAAGAAUAUCCAACUUCGUGACUGGGUCGUCGUUAUAGAAGAACGCGGCUUCGAUAUGAAGGCUCUGCAGCAGGCUUAUGACAUCUUAGACAGGUCUGCCAAAGGCACGGUAGAGAAUACGUCGUGAUGGUAGGCAGUCGGCCUCGAGACUUAAGGAAUUGACAGUAUAAAACAAUAAGGGUCUUCCGAAAUGAGGGCGACCUAAAAGGGGCCGAGUAAUGAAAUAAAAAGGGGUCAAGUUUACUUUUCCGGGGGGGGGGAUACUAUACCCUCUAGACACUUCGCGUUGUAUUGGUAUACAUAUUUCCACAUUUCACAGCCAGGCGUUGGCAUCAGAGGGCAUAACAGGGGGGCACGGUUGGCUUUUGCAUCUUUUUUUUCUCUGGUUUUGUUUUGGACCUACCUCCGCCGAUAGGACAGCUAGCCUCUAGCGGACGAGGAAAAGAACAACCGAUCCGAACAAGAGGUUCGUGAAGGAACGACUUCGACAGUGUGUUGGUAUUGGCGUGGUAUAAGAUGGAGCCCACUAGGCCUAAUUUUGCGUUUCUACGUACCAGUAGCCCGAGGCCGGCUGGCUGAUCAUAAGGCUAUGCCUAGCAGUCAAUAUGGACGGAUGGACGGAUGGAUGGAUAACAUUCGGUUGUUUAGCUGGGUGGGCUGCGUAGAUAUCUAGCUAGGUUAGAUGGUUCGUCAGAAUGGCCAGUGAAAUACGCGCGAGCGCAUGUGCGAUGAGGAUUUAUUUUAUUUUAGAGCGGUGCUGUGAUGCGUACCUAAGCGUAUAAAUGAAAUAAUAUAUAUAUGAUUCCCGUGA